UGUACCUUUCGAAGCUCUCCUCCCCUAUGGGAUCAUGAUUGGCUGCAGAUGUUCGGCUUCAGUGCCGCCGCCGUAUCGUCGCUCAGGCAGAUGCAAAAUGGAGGAAAGCAGUUCAGACGGGGUCUUGACGCUUGGGACAGGCAAAUGCUCGAACGCGACCGAAGAUUGACUGGAUUUGCGCGAGGACAGACAGACAAGGCCGAGGCACCAGAGGGAUUCGAAUUAAACAACCCUUGGAAGGUCGAAUCGCGGUUCUACUAGAACUUUUGCUUACUGGGAAAAUUCCAAAAUUCAUGUUCAAUCUUCACAGGCUUAUUCCCUAGUUGUCCUCAAAUCGAGACAUCAAACAAUUCAUGGACGGUGUGUUUGGCAACCUCAAAAGUGAAAGUGACAAUCUCAUGAGAUUCUGAA